AUUUUAUUACUUAAUAAAAAUUAAAGACACCUAAUCAAGCUCAUCCCAUACCAAAAAUACAUGAUUUGAUCCUAAUCCAUUGUGAUUUCACAUAAAAAGAGGGAAACAAAUAUAUUGGAAGAGAGAGAAGAUUUGAUUUCAUUUCAUUUCAUUUGAUAUAUUGAUGAAGUCAAGAACACACACAUGUGGGGGUAGAGAAGAAAAAGUGAAAAAAAAAAAUAACAAAAAAUCAAAGGGGUCACCACCAAAGUGGAUUUCAGAAUCUCAGCGUAUUUUCUUAAAAAAUUAAAGUAGAUUUCAUCAGAUUUUCAUGAUCUUCUACAAUGUCAUCAUCUCGUUGAUGGAGACGUGGCUCUCUGUCGUCUCCAUUUAUAUAUCAAAAAUUCCUUUCUCAAAUCCUUAUCCCACCAAUUCCUCCACUCAUGGCAAGAAACGCUUUGUUUUCAAGACGAUGGAGGUCAUCAUCCGAGACCACCACCACCGAAUUUGAUGAUGUUCAUGUUCUUGCUGUUGAUGAUAGCCUCGUUGAUCGGAAAGUCAUUGAACGUUUACUUAAAAUCACCUCAUGUAAAGUCACGGCGGUGGAAAGCGGUUGGAGAGCUUUGCAAUACUUAGGCCUUGAUCAGGAGAAAUCCUCAUCUGAUUUCGUCAAUGAAUUGAAGGUGGAUCUGAUAAUCACUGAUUACUGUAUGCCUGGAAUGACUGGUUACGAAUUGCUCAAAAAAAUCAAGGGUUCAGCAACUUUCCGAGAGGUGCCAGUAGUGAUCAUGUCGUCAGAAAACGUCGUAGCACGGAUUGACAGGUGUUUGGAAGAAGGUGCGGAGGAUUUCAUUGUAAAGCCUGUAAAACUUUCCGACGUCAAACGAUUGAAAGAUUACAUGUUUGGUGAAAACCGAGGAACAAUCCCUACAAAUGACAUCAACAACAAAGAAGAAAAAGGAAGUCUCAACAAAAGAAAACUUCAACAAAUGUCUGAAACUUCCCCUUCCGCUUCCCCUUCCCCUUCCCCUUCGCCUUCACCUUCACCAUCGCCAUCGCCGUCAUCGCCAACGGUGUCUCCGUCCGCCUCGCCAUCGCCGGCGACGGUGUCACCUGUAACAUCCCCAUCUCCGCCGAUGGUCUCUCCCUCAACUUCCCCAUCUCCGCCACAAUCUCCGUCGACAUCAUCAUCAUCAACAUCAUCAACACCUCCGACGUCGCCACCCUUUUCUCCGUCACAACUAGAGUCCCCAACAAUGCGGCUUAAGCAGGGGAUAAUAAUAAAAAAAAUAAAAGAAAGGAAAAAAGAUGAGUGGAAACAACUCAACAAGAUUUAA